CUUUCGAAAAUUAAAUUCCAUUGUGUGGAUACUGAGAGCAUCCCUCGUAUUAAGGAAACUACACGACUCACGCAUCCCGGCUAUUGGACGAUGGAUGAUUACUCUAAUUUUCGAGCUGACUCAAAACGAGGGUGGGCUGGUUGGGUUGCUCUGUACUUACAUGCGGCCCUACCAAUCCCGAUUUUCCUCCCUGAUACCACUCCUGAACCUUUCUGCGAUGCACUGCGGGUCCAAAUCCCGCCGUGCGGGUCCGAUUCUUUCCUCCUUGGUGUGGCCUACCAUUCCCCCCCGGGUCCCUUUGGAGAUGAACGAUUUCUCAUACGAAUUCUUGAGCAACUCUCCUCCAACUACCACUUCACUCGUCUCCUGCAAGUAGCGCGCCGAAUCGAGCAGACUUUUGCGGCGGCGCUGAUUGAAGUCGUUCAACAGAGUGCUUGGACUCACCGUGUCGUUGCACCCACCAGAUACCGCGCAGGGCAACAACCAUCACUCCCGGAUUUGGUCAUCACCAACGAAGGACACUUCGCUGAUCAGGAGGACAUUCUUAAUUUCGAAGUCAAGAAAAAGAAAAAGAAUAAAGCUUUGGCUGACAUAACAGCCGUUGACACCGGGGAUUCGGAAAAUCCUCUGGAUUUCGGAGCUAAAAAGAAGAAGAAAGCCAAGCCACUUGAUAUCCCUGACGCCGUUGUUGCUGAAACAGGGGAGAACGAUCCUCUAAUUGACGAACUGAAAUUAAAGAAGAAAAAGAAGAUCGCCAUCAAUGAGGAGAACAUCGAUGAACUCGCUGAAAAACUGGACGACGAGUUGUCUUUUGGGGGAAAGAAGAAGAAGAAAAAGCCGAAAACGGUGGACCCUGAGGGUGGGCUUGAUACUUGGGAGCCCGAUACUCUAGUGAAAGAAAACGUUGACGCCUCAGGAUUUACUUAUGAAAUGCUUCUCACUCGGGUGUUUACACAGCUUGGCACCCUGAAUCCUGAGUUGGUAUCCGAUCAGAAACGACGUCUAGUCAUGGUACCACCACAAAUGGCUCGUGUUGGUACCAAGAAAACUCUCUUCGUAAACUUUGCUACCAUUUGCCGUUUCCUGAAUCGUGAACAGUCUCACUUGACAACCUACAUUUUGGCCGAGUUGGGAACACAAGGUUCUGUGGAUGCAAACGGUGCCCUUCUCAUUCGUGGUCGAUAUCAGAGUAAACAUAUGGAACCGGUUCUACGCAACUACUGCCGCAACUAUGUGUUGUGCGGUACUUGUCAAUCAUCCGAAACCGACCUUUGUAAAGAUUCCCGUCUCCUCUUUCUCCACUGCCGCCGAUGCGGUUCCCGAAUCACAGUCAAGAACGUCACUUCCGGUUUCCAGGCCGUCACCGGGAGACGGGCAGCGAUACGUGCCAAAACCCAGUGAUCUUUCGUCGUCCACCUCCAGUUGUCAUCGAUUUUAUCUCAUUUUUUCCAUGACUGAAUGAUGCUUUUGCAUGUACGUUCGGGACUUCGGAUUACCUGUACUUGUGACGGGGCAACACCUGUAUUUUUGCUUGGUACCCUGCUUUCAUUGCUGUACAGUUACUCUCUAGACCCGAAUUUUCGGCGCGCUCGAAAUCGGCUACUUGUUUUGCUUUACGCUAUGCAGGCUGUAAUUGAGUAUUGGUAUUUGGAUUGCGACUUCUCGUACACUUUUCACUGAUCAGAGUUAUUGUACGUAGCAGGAUGGCUCACACUAAUGGUCUCACAAACUAAUGUAAUAUUGUGGAGCAGAAACGAAUGUGGUUU